GACCUUAGUGGUCACAUGAUCGUUGUGUUUUCAUAACGAGUACGAGUUCGAGUGAACCGUGAAACAUGGAGUUUCUCUUUUUUGUUUUCUUGUUACUAAUCGGGACAUUGUCCACUUGCUUAGGAUCAUUAAGUCCAUCACGACUAUGUGUGAUAGAAAAUCGGGUUGGAACCCAUCGGGGAAUGCUUGCUUUCCGAUCGGUUACUCCAGUUGCUGUGCAGAUAAGCUACGGAAAUUCGGAGGCUUCGUCAGCCGGAUGGAGUCCGUGGAAGACGCUUGGUGCUCCGCUGGCCAGUCAGCCGAUGUCCAAUCCGGUGUGUGAGCACACCGAUCGGAAUCAAACUCAGAUCUUUGUGCAAGCCUCCAAUGGACAGGUCUACAGUGCAGUGCAAGAUGCCGUAGAGUUCUUGAAAUUUUCUCCAUGGAAGAAAGUUGGUUCAAACACCAUCCCUGUCACCGAGCCCAAGCGAUCCAUUCUUGUUGAUUCUGUAUCUGCAUACUGGUAUGGCAAGGAGCUGAUGGUCUUCGCUCGCUCAAUCAGCAGCAAUGCUUCACAGCUGUAUUGGUGUAAAGGCAAUUCAACCAGUUUUGGUUCGUGGAGUCGUCUUGGUGGUACAGCCAUCUUGGGUACAGAUGUCACGCUCAUGAAGAAUCCUUACAGCACAAAGUACGAAGCUUUCAUGAUAUCACCUAGUGGACGGAUGCACAGGACAUGGCAACACGAUGCUAAGAGCUUUGCAGACUGGACUGCUAUGGAUUUUGCGCCAACUUUCUCCACCAUUUCCAGACCCGAUGCUGAAAUAAUGGGUUACAGCAUCUUCAAUGGCAAGCUUAUGGUUGGAGGGGUAGGAGAGGAUAAUUAUAUUCAUAGGUGCUCCCAAUCUACCUGUGAUGGAGUGGACAAUCCCUGGGGUUACUGUACGUGGGGCUCCUGGUAUCAGACUGGAGGGAAGAUUCCAUUCACUCUAGGAGGGGUGCAGAACAAUUUUGCCAUGAGCAGGAAUGUGCACUUUGGGGUUGAAAUAUUUGGAGUGCAAGAUACAACUGGACAGUUAUGGCAAGCCUGGCAGCUCGAUAGAGACGCUUCUUGGAAUACAUGGAGCAAGAUUCCUCAGGACCUGUCUAAGGCAGCGUUUAUCAAUAACCCAUACAUCACCGUCAACAAGGGUGGCUGGUGGAUGGCUUAUGGACUCAAUGCCAGCAACCAGGUAGUAGUGAUGGAGCCAGCACGGUCCCUCAAUGUUACACCAGACAGUGUAGCAUGGGGCACCAAUCUCUCAGUGUCCUGGUCUGUGGCUGUGGAUGAGGCAACCAACAUGGACUGGGUGGCUAUCUUUCCUUCUGGAGCAAACGAUGAUGAAUAUGUGGAUUACAGGUAUGUUCAAGGAACUCUCAACCCUGGGAAGUACCCAGUAAGAGCUGGCAAUGCAUCAAUGGCUUCAUACCUACCUAAUGGCUCGUAUCAGGUUAGAUACCUCGUCAACAAGAAGUAUGUCAGCAUCGUAGAGACAUAUAUCACUUAUUACAAUGAAUCUCAAGAGAGUGACUUGCUGCAGCUUUACCAGGGGAUAUUCACAGGGCUCGGAGCAUUCAACAAGGGCAUAGGAGAAUGUGUGAAUGACAGCCUUCUUACCGUGGAGAAGUUUCAGGCUGCAUUUGAUGCCUUUGAGAAUGCUCAGAUCUAUGAAGGUCUCCAGCUCCUAGGAACAGCCUUACAAGACGUCGCUUACACACUGAAGGAAUGUGAAGAGAUUUACAUCGCCGUGCAACUUGAGAGCUUCAUCAAAGACCUGGUAGAAUGCACGGAGAGCGACUGUACCAAGUUUGUCGUCGAUCUUCUGGAAGAGAUCAUCAUUCUGUAUGUGAACGAGUACGAGAUCUACGGAGACAUCAAAGGUGCGUCAAAUAGUUUUAAUCUGCUUGAAGCUUACCAGCAAGGAGGUCUGUGCAUUGGAAGGCUGGUGAAGGCAUGUCUUGGGAUAGUGCCACCGGGGAAGGACUAUGGCAGAAGAAAAGAUGUGAACAAGAUCGGGCUUGAGCAUCUCAAGUGGAGUAAGGUGGACAGAGUUUGAAGUAAAUUAAUAUGCAAGGUACUUAAAUGAAAUGUAUUGGCUAGAAGAAAAGCAUCCAGACUGCAAAAUGCAUUCUUUAUCACCCAGAAGUAGAACCACAUUUUUUUCCCCUUCAAAUUCAAAUUCUUUUAGUUCACCUCUCUUAAAAAAUACAAUGUAUGCAGAAAUAAACAAUUUAACAAGAACAUUGAACAGAAAAUAGUCAAAUGAUACAAAUUUUAAAAUAUUGCAUCCACUGUGAUGAAGCGGAUGUGAGGGAGAAGCAAAGGCCAUUGACCUGCUCCCUGUAUUAACAUUCCAUCACUGUCACAAAUCAAAAUUCAAAGUAUAACAUCACUAUCUAUUACCCUUGUUUGUUCUGGCUGUGUCUUUUUGUGUCACUACAUUUCUCUGGGCUACUUAAAUCAAAUUACAAUCGGUCUUCCAUUUUAUGCUAUAUUUAAGAUGAAAUGUAUUUGGGAAACUUUAAGUUUAAUUAAGCACAUUUUACUUGAUUUUUGUUAAAUAAUUGGUGCUUUAAAUUAUUGAAAGACAUAAGAAGAAAGUCUUUACUAUGGAGAUACAGUAGAUGAGCUAUGGAAGCAGUACUAAUAUUUAAUACUUCAUAACAUUCUUCUUGAAAAUCAUGCUAACUUUUUGUUAGCAUAUAUAUAAUAUACUAAAUAUUGGGCUUUUAUUUAAUUAUUGAUAUAUUUAUUUUCUGUUAUAAAAGAAGACAUAAGCUGAACAACCCCAGAUUAAAAAAGUGCGCUAUUUCAAGGCUCUCUUUUAAUUUGAUUUUUUUUUGGUCAUAUGCCUCAGCCACUGUUUAAGUAUCAUACUUUAAGAUUGAUUGUUUGUCAAGCUAUACUUGAGAUUACAAUACUGCAGAAAAAUUCCUUAUCAUUAUAUAAUAUCUAGAUUUGAUUUUAGAUUCAUCAGGUGUUUGUCAUUAUCAUUAUGGACAGGUAAAGUAAAAUUGAAGUUUAUAGCAGAAUAUAGGUAGAGGUUUAUUGAUUUUAAAGGUUGAACUUUCCAUCUAACAUGAUAUGAUGCCAAAGCAGUGUGUCCACAUAGUAUCCAAGGGAAAAAGUAUAAUAUUUCUCAGAAAAAAUGAAAAUUGCAGAUUAUAAUGAUAGGUAUUGAUCCAUCAAGGAAUUGAAGGGAUGAGAGAAAAUGGCAAACUAGGCCAGAGGAAAAAAAUAUAGGUGAGCAUGUAGCACGGAAGGCUGAAGACAAAUGGGAAGAAAUCUUGUUUGGCUGAAAAUUUAGAAAUAUUACGCAAUUUCAACAACUAUCAAGAAGUCAACUUAACAGCUAUUUCAUUGCCCUUUUGUUUUGCUGUUAUGUUUUGAUUAGGUAACCUGUCAUUGUACUGUUUAUAAUCUUAAUAAUUGAUCCAUCAGGAUUAUUGAAAUAGUGUUAAGUUGAUUUCCUAAAGCCUCUUUGAUAGUCCUACAAGGACCAAAAGAAAAAAAGGAGAAGGAAAAGACUUACGUAGGCAACAGAAAAGGCUGGAGUUGUGGAUAGUGCAAUAUAAAAGUUGAAGAUGAAAUUUGGAUAUGGCUGAAAUAUAAAAGAUAUGAAUGAAUGAGUGCGUGAUGACAGACAUGCAAGGAGGAAAGGAGAUGGACAUGGCACAGAACAUGGUCAGAGGUGGGAAGGGAUGGUCAAGAGUAGAUGAGCAUAUAGGAGAGAGAAUGAAGGGGACAAGGCAAUGUUGUUCUCCAUUAUGAGGUGAAAAUGAAACUCCUUGUAGCUACAUUUUGUGGAUGAAUGCAGACAGUAAAACAAACAAAGCUUAUUAUGUUGUUAAGGAACACGAGGCUAUCAGCAAAGGAAUCUUCCCUGAAAUGACUCUGCACAAAUAAAUCCUGUAUAAAAUCUUAAAUGGAUGUUAUUCUGAAUCAAUGUUGAAGAAGUCAAAUGUAGCUGUAUUGGCUAGAUGACGAGUAAGAUGAAGUUACAGAUACUGCCUUCUUGUCUGUUUUUGUUCACAUAAGGAAUACAAAUAUACAGAGUAAAACUGAGAUAUAUACAUGUAACUAAAGGCAGUCGAGGGAUGAAAGUUAUGAUAUAUAUAAGGUUUGAAUGAUAAGAGUAGGAAGAUAUUAGUACUUAACAUGAAGUAGUUUGAAGGAGAGAUGGGUACAAAGAAAUAACAGGAUUCAAAAGCAUUCUUUCAUGAAACCUUUGUUAGUACAAGUUCUCCAAUAUCGAACACCUGUUUAUUUCACUUCACAUGUUUUAAUAGGAUAUCAGCAAACUUGUACUUCUGAACGUUUCUUAAAUCAAUGCUCUGGAUUCUGAGAGGAAUUAGCAGCAAGAAACUGAAAGUGCAAAGGCUAGAAAUGUGGUCCAGAGUUUUUAAAUAAAUGUCUAAAUCUGAUUAAAAUAACCAUGCAAUACUA